AUGGCGCCCAAUUCCAAGCUGAACGCAAAGCGCAAGGCGCAAAGAGAAGGAACGCAACCUGCGAAGCCCAAAAAACCGGAAAAGCGUCUGGCGAAUGGCGCUAAAGGACCUGGGAUUUCUUACAUUCCGAUUGAACUCCAACAGCUUUUGUUGAACAUUUUCCGCAACUCGUUCGCGGAGAGGAUGAGCGCGGAUAUUACGCCGCUGUUGCAGGAAGUCAAGGGCCAUCUUUACAAGCGCGACUUUGCGACUGCAUUUGGGAAGAAGGAGUAUUUGGAGGCGUAUGCGGCGAGGUGGAGUCCGAGUCGCGCGUUGGGAUAUUUGGAUCUCAUGUGGGAGUUGAGGGACGAGAUAUGGGUUGAUGAGGAAGAUGAGGAAGAGGAUCUAGAAGGCAAGACCGAGCAAGUCAAGCCGAAGAACAGGAAGAUUGUGUGUUUGGGUGGUGGAGCGGGCGCGGAGAUUGUGACUUUGGGCGGCUUGCAAAAACUGAUGUCGACCACAUAUUCACAAGAUGGAGAAGACGUAGAUGGUCCGAGAGGUUAUGUGGAAAUUGCCGCCAUCGACAUCGCCGACUGGAGUGUGGUCGUGGAAAACCUCGCCAAACAACUCACGGUCCCGGCCGAACUAUCGAAAUACGCAUCAGCCGCUGCGAGAGCCGCGAAUGUCCCGCCUCUCAACCCAGAAGACGUCACCGUACGAUUCAAGCAGCAAGACGUACUCUCAGCCUCGGCUGAAGAACUAUCCGAACAACUCGCCGACGCAAACCUCGUCACACUCCUCUUCACCCUAAACGAACUAUACACAGCCUCACUCCCCCUAACCCAAAAGUUCCUCCUCCUAAUGACAUCUAUCCUCCAACCCGGCGCUCUCCUCCUCGUCGUCGACAGCCCCGGAAGUUACUCAUCCGUCACGUUGAACGGCGCCGAGAAGAAGUACCCCAUGCAAUGGCUCCUCGACCAUACACUGUUGAAGCAGGCCAGCGGGAAUUUGAAUGAGCGCGGCAAGGAAGAGAUUGUGCGAUGGGAAAAAGUCAAAGAGGAUGAUAGUAGGUGGUAUAGGUUGGAUGAGAGGUUAAGGUAUCCGAUUGAGCUGGAGAAUAUGCGUAUGCAGGUGCAUCUUUAUCGGAAGUUGUAA